UUUAAAUGGCAAGUUUUGCAUCUAGAACAGGGUAGAAAGUAAGAAAUCUUCAAAUUUUAGAUUAAAGAAUGGUGGGGAGCUAAAGUCACAGUUGAUCCUCAGUUGGAAACAAAAAAGCAAAGGAUUAAUGAGAUAGAUCAAUAUAUCAAGGGGUUGUCGCAAUCCUUUAGCAAUAUUUCAGCAUUGUUUUAAUGUAUAACUAAUAAUUCGAUGUAGAAAUGCAUGGCCAUAUGGGACGAAUCAGCUCGAUCACUCAGAAAUUGUUUGAGAAGGAAACUGAUACGAAUAAGAGAAUAGGAAUUGAAGUCACAUCAAUGUUUGGCAACCUUUCAGAACUAUUCCGAUCCAAGGUAUAUAUGGAUAUUAGAGAUUAGACAGAACCUGCAUCUGAAUUGAAUAAAAAUUUCGGAGAGUGGUUUUAAACUAUAGAAACUUUGAAAAUCCAACUUACACAUUUCUCUGAGGUUCGAUUGGUUUAUGAUCAUUAUAAAUUGAAAGUGGAUGAACUAGAGAAGGAUCGAUCCAAUGCCAUUUCAAAGGGAUAGCCUGAGGAUUUUAAAUUAUCAGAAAAAAUUAGGAGAGUAUCAAUUUUAAAUAAAUAUUUAGAAUCAAAGUAAAUUAUCAAGUUCUGAAACAAAUUAUAAAUAAAAGCUAUCUGAGAUUUUAAAUAGCAUGAACAAAUUACUGGGAAAUUACUAUCGAAUGAUAAAUUAGAGUCUCGAUUCUGUAAGAACAUUUCCUUAUAUUAGUUUAUAACUAUCAAUUAUGAUUUGUAUAUGAAUGCUAAAUCAAUUGUCAAGAAAAAUUAAAAAGCAUUUAAUAAAUUUAAAUAUCCAGAAUUAGAACCCAUAAUAGAUCUCUUAAGAGAGUAGAAAGAGAUGUCAUCAUUAUUAGAGAGAGAAUAACAAAAAGAGAAAGAAUUAAAGGAAUUGAAAGAAAAGGAAAAAGAGAAAGAAAAAGAAAAAGAGAAAGAAAAAAAUAUCAAUGAAAAAGAUGAGAAACUACAAUAACAACCACCACCAUAACAAACUCCUUAAUGGGAGGUUAAUAAUAAAUUUAAUCCUUUUGGUUAGACUCAAUAAAUGAAUUCACAAACUCACUCCAUGAUCAAUAAUCCCCAAAUGAUGAAUCCUAUGAUGAGCUCCUAAACUGAUUUUGGUACUGGAUUCGGAGUUAAUUCAAUGGCUAAAUAAUAAUAAUUUAUGAACCCAAUGAUGUCUCAAAGGUAAUCUGUGCAACCAUAAGGUAUGAAUAACAAUUUCGCUAUGAAUUUUCCACCCAAUCAAAAUAGACCUGAAAUGUUUGAUGAUGUAGGAUUAUAAAUGAUGAGUGAUAUAAGAGCUAACUAGAUGAAUGCUUGGUAGUAAUAAUAAUAAUAAUAAUAAUAUGCCUAGAGUCAAAUUCUUAAUUAAAAUAAUUUUGUUAAUAAUAAUCCAUUUAUGAGUUCACAGCAGAUGAACCAAAGGGCUAGUAUGUAAUAAAACUAAGGAUUUUAAUAAUUUGAUUCCUAAAUUAAUAGAUCUUAAUAAUAAAAUCCUUUUGCAGACUUAGACAACGAGUCUUAAAGAAGGGCUAUGUAUGAUAAUCCACACACACACAAUCAGCAAUUUUAUGACAAUUAAAAGACUAAUCCUUUUGCAUGA